UGUAAGGGAUUAUGAUACAACAUCUUUCUUCAGACCUCCCAGGAUAGGCCGAAGGUGAGCCACGUUUGGUGAAAGAGGAGGUCCAAUUCGCUAGGCAGUGUUCUGAGAAGAGUAAAUCCAAUACAGCGAAGGGCUAGACUAGAUCCAAGCAAAGUCUUUCCGAAUUUCUGAAGACUAUCUGUAACUUCGUUGUCGAACUGGAAGUUGGUGAAAUUUCAAUCCACCCGGGAAUAGUAGGGAAUGCCAUUUAUGAGAAUAUCGAAUGCGAGGGACAUUUUCGGGUGAACUCCCUCAGCCAUGGUCUGCCACGCAGAGAACCAAUACUUGGACACACGACCGUCAAGGGAAAGCAAAAGGGUUUCGCCUCAGUCUCGAAGUAGAGAGCCGAAUCGUGAUCUGCCUUCACUAAUAACUAAUCGAGCCAAACUGACGCAUUGUUCCUUCAGCAAUGGGCUUCGUGGUGAUCUGAGACCUUCCGGCUGCACUUUGGGUCUUGGGGGUUGUGUCCCGCACGCAGGUGGUUUCGGAAAGGUACGGAGAAGCCCUGAAGGUGAGAGCAUGACAAUUUCGCUUAGCUUCAGCAGCGUCAAUUUUGUCCCACGACACUAUGAGAUUUUAGAGAACCCGAUAUCGGAAUCAGUCAUCAUUAGACUUCAUAAAAGACGAUCAAGACAAUUGCAUAGCAGCAAUCAUAGCAACUCCUCUUUAUAUAAUCAUGCAUCAUUUGCAAAUUUUCGAAUUGCACUCGAUCUCCUCCGUCCAUAUACAAGCCGCAACAUCCUUCGGAUUGCAUUUCUGAAUCUUCCCUCUACCCUUCUUCCCGACUUUCUGGCAUUUCCCAUGAUUGCGGCCGCUUGACCACGUCAGCCAUUUCUUAUGGAUCGUAACUUUCUUCCCGCAAAUCGAUGCAGUUGGAUCAUGAGACUAAAUCACAGGGUGUAUUGGGGGAGCGGUUAGCGAUUCAUUUUUGCCAGAUCGAGU